AUGAAUUUAGUACGCAUUCUUCCUAACCCUAUGCAAUAUGACCCAAUUACAAUACCUCAACCCUGCAGUCAUCAACCCAAAAUUACAAUAAAAACAAAUCGUCUCUACACAAAAGUUGCAUGUACAAAUUGCAGGAAAAAGAAAGAAAAGUGUACUGGAGAAGCAAG